GCCAGCGGCGCGCCAGUGCGCAGACGUCAGUCGCACGCGAUAUACAAUCACAGUGUUCUUGACAUCGCACUGUCGCGAUUUACGUUCCGCGCACGAAUGUAACGUUUCGUUUACAACUAAACACAACUAAGUUUUCACUUCGAUUCCAAUAAACACUAAGAUUAAAUAUGAUUACGAUGCUUACAAAUUCUAAAAUAUUGUGGGGCCUAUGGCAAGUGUUGAACUACUGUGUGACGCGUACGUCGGUGCCGUUGCUGGUGGCAGUCGGCACGGCGCUGCUGGCAGCGCGGUUGAUGGCGCUGGUGCGAGAGAUGCGCAAGCUGCCCCCUGGCCCGUGGUCUCCACCUGUCGUCGGCUACCUGCCGUUCCUCGGAGUUCGCCACAAGACCUUCCUGGAGUUGGCGAGAAACUACGGAGCACUCUUUUCUGCACGACUCGGAAAUCAGUUGACCAUCGUACUCAGUGACUACAAACUCAUCAGGGAAGCUUUCCGACGUGAAGAAUUCACUGGGAGGCCUAACACUCCGCUGAUGCAUACUUUGGACGGCUUAGGCAUCAUCAACAGCGAAGGCCGUCUUUGGAAGAGCCAGCGCCGAUUCCUUCACGACAAACUGCGUGAAUUCGGAGUCACUUACAUGGGCAAUGGCAAAAAAAUCAUGGAGGGAAGAAUUAAGAAUGAAGUGUACGAAUUAAUAUCGAACUUGCACCGGUCAGAAGGCACUCCCAUAGACAUAAACCCUCUUCUUGCGUUGGGCGUGUCCAACGUUAUCUGCGGCAUUACCAUGUCGGUGCGGUUUAGUCAAGGGGACGUGCGGUUUGAACGAAUGAAUCAUUUAAUUGAAGAAGGGAUGAGACUUUUCGGCGAAGUCCACUACGGCGAAUACAUCCCUCUUUACAACUACCUUCCCGGCAAAGCCCAAGCUCAAGAAAAAGUCGCAAAAAAUCGUGAAGAAAUGUUCGCCUUUUACCAAACUUUGAUCGACGAACAUCGCGAAACUCUUAAUGUCAACAAUGUGAGAGAUCUAAUCGAUGUUUAUUUGAUCGAGAUUGAAAAAGCCAAGCGUGAAGGAAGAGGAGGAGAAUUGUUUGAGGGCCGCGAUCAUGAAUUACAAUUAAAACAAAUCCUGGGCGACCUCUUCUCCGCCGGCAUGGAGACCAUCAAGUCUUCCCUUUUGUGGAUGAUAGUUUUCAUGUUGCGUAACCCCGAUGUGAAAAAGCGAGUGCAAGAAGAGCUCGAUGCUGUGGUUGGCCGCGACCGUCUGCCCUCUAUUGAAGAUAUGCCAAACCUCCCGUUCACUGAAACAACAAUCUUGGAAACUCUACGCAUGUCCAGCAUCGUUCCUCUGGCAACAACUCACUCUCCUACGAGGGACGUUCACUUAAACGGCUACAGGAUUCCAGCUGGCUCUCAAGUCGUUCCUCUCAUCAACUGCGUGCACAUGGACCCUAACCUGUGGGACGAACCUAACAAAUUCAACCCAAGCAGAUUCUUCGAUGACACCGGUAAAAUCAGGCGUCCAGAGUAUUUUAUGCCGUUCGGUGUCGGUCGGCGGAUGUGUUUGGGCGACGUGCUGGCGCGUAAGGAAAUGUUCAUGUUCUUCUCAUGCAUGAUGCAUCAGUUCGACAUCCAAAUGGUGGAAGGCGACGCGCCCCCAUCGCUGGAGGGCACGGUGGGCGCGACCAUCUCACCUCAAGCGUUUCGAGUGCAGUUCCUGUCGCGAGCCGGCGCGCCGCUGGUCGGGGCGGCGCUGCCCGUCGACCACGCGCACCUGCGCCACGUCGGCUCGCACUGAACCCCGAGCCGCGCCCUACCACGCCAAACACCCACCAGUAUCAAGAGAUCACUCGUUUUAGAGCGCAUCGACAACCAUAUAAUAUUUAAGUGUUUAUAAGUGACGACAUCGCGCCACCGAUCGUCGAGGCUGUGCAUAAAGUGUUCAAUUUAAUAGUAAACCGAAUGUUUAGAUUUAUCCAAUAUUCCCAUCGUUGAGAUUAUGAAAAUGAUGUGUGUUUGCAGUAUUAGAAUGAAUGAUAGAUUGUAGAAAAAUAGGAUCUAAAUACUAUACCAUGAAGGAUGCAUGUAAUUUAAGAUUUAUCGUGUAAGAUCUAGUGCCUAUACCAAAAUAAAAUGUAUGUCAUUAUUUAUUAGUAGCUAUCACUUGCGAGAGUGCUGUCUGUUGUGUGUGAUCUCAUGUUUGUUGCGUUACAAUUAAGGUUUAAUUUUAAGAAAUAAAAGUGUUCAUCUAAACAAGUAUAAUUUAAGAUAUUGUACCUAUCGGGAGUAUAAAUAACAUUCCAGGUAGAGUAGGGAUCAGCUACUAGUCUAGAGCAUGUUGUCGCUAGUAGGAAAUAGUUAACAAAUCUAAGUUUACUGUUAGUCUGCUAAAACUUCAUCUUGUCGCAACCAAGUUGCUUUGUACUGAACUUUAAUAUAGUAAGUCUGUUUAGUUGGCAGCUUAUCAGAUUACAUUCUGUUAGAAAGACCAUUAGUUCAUAUUAUUAUGUUUUACCUAAGCUUUGUACGUAAUGCUUUAUUUUUUAAUCUAAAUUGUAAAUUAGUUAAAAAAUAUUAAAAG